CCCAGAGGAAGGCGAGCGUCUUGAACGCGCGCAGAAGAGAGGCGGAGGGGUUCGGCGCUCGGUGGCUUCGUGGGGGCGGCCGCGGUGUCUAACAAAGCGCUGCCCGGGAAGAAGCCCGACGCUCCUCCUCUUCACGUCGGGCGCGCAACUGGGGACCCUCCCCGUCCCAGAUUCCCGAGGUCUCCGCUGGGGCGACCAUAGGUGGCUACCCCCCCUCCGCGGCCUGCGGGGGGGAAGAGGAUGGAAAUACCUUUCUACCAUGACGAUGUAUUGAUUGCUCUGGCAGCGUCGGCGACAGCGCCUUCCUCCCGAAGCAGCAGUAGCAGCGGCGGCGGCAGCCUCCUCCAACCCCUUCUCGACGGCACCAUGAUGAAAAAAGACGGCUUGGCCUUGGCGCUGAGCGAUCAGGUGGUGUCUGGCCUGAAGGCGCCCUCCGGUCACGCCGCCAAUGCCCCUUCCGCGCAGCAGCAGCCGCCGCCGCCAGGGGAAAGCCAGACGCUGCUAGCCUCCCCGGAUCUGGGCCUCCUGAAGCUGGCCUCGCCGGAGUUGGAGCGCCUGAUCAUCCAGUCGAACGGCUUGGUGACGACGACGCCGACCAGCGGCGGCACCCAAUUCCACUUUCCUAAAGGCGGCGGCGGAGGCGCCCCCGAUGAGCAGGAGUUUGCUGCCGGCUUUGUGAAAGCCUUGGAGGACCUGCACAACCAGAACCAGCUGGGAAGCGCGGGCCCUGUCGGCGGGGAGCUGCCGCCGGCGGCCAGCCUGGCCCAGCAGCAGCAGCCGCCGCCCGCUGAGCCUCCGGUGUACGCCAACCUGAGCACGUUCCCCGUCGCGGCCAGCUACUCGACGGAGGGGGCUUACCAGGCGCACCCUCGGCUGCAGCCGCCCCCGUCGCUCAAGGACGAGCCUCAGAUCGUCCCGGAGGUGGCGAGCUUCGGCGAGAGCCCGCCGCUGUCGCCCAUCGACAUGGACACGCAGGAGCGCAUCAAGGCAGAGCGCAAGCGGCUGCGCAACCGCAUCGCGGCGUCCAAGUGCCGGCGGCGGAAGCUGGAGCGUAUCUCCCGUCUGGAGGAGAAAGUCAAGAGCCUCAAGAGCCAGAACACCGAACUGGCCUCGACGGCCAACCUCCUCCGGGAGCAGGUGGCGCAGCUCAAGCAGAAAGUGCUCAGCCACGUCAACAGCGGCUGCCAGCUCUUACCCCAGCAGCAGCAGCAGCCCCACCAGGUCCCGGCCUACUGAAGGGCCCCUCGGCAGGGAAAGAGCGCGCUCGCUCGCUGCUCUGGGACCCGAAGCCCCCGCCGACGCGCCUCGAUGACCCGCCAGGGGAGGCCCCGUCCUAGCAGGCGCGCUCUCUGAGCCUGGCGGCGUAGCGAGCCGAGGAGAAGCGUGGGAGGCACCCGCGGCCCUUUCCUUCCGUCCCGAGGUGCGACGCGCGAACUGCCGUUUCGAGGAGGAUGCCCCGGCGCCUCUCUCAGCCUGUCCCCCCUGCUCCCCCGCAUUGGACAGAAACUUGAUACCGGUCGAGGGAAGGGGAAGGAGCAAUCGGGAAGGCCUUCUGUGGCCCUCCAAAGCCGGGGUGCGGCGGCACAUGGACGCAG